UCUGCUGACGCUUCCUUUCGGUCUAGGUGCUUGGGGUGAGGUGCCAAAGGUUCCCUAUAAAGUACUGGGGCUCUGGCUUUGUUCACUCAUCCUCCAGCUCCUGUCCUGUUCUGCCCAGAGGGAUCUGCCUGUGACCACCAUGGUGAAGCUUGUGCUGCCCAACCCGGGCCUGGAGGACCGAAUCCCCUCCCUGGAGCAGCUGGAGGUCAUGGAGAAGGAAGAGGCCGGCUCUCGGCCCAAGUGGGACAACAAGGCCCAGUACAUGCUCACCUGCGUGGGCUUCUGCGUGGGCCUGGGCAACGUGUGGCGCUUCCCGUACUUGUGCCAGAGCCAUGGCGGAGGAGCGUUCAUGAUCCCGUUCCUCAUCUUGCUGAUUGUGGAGGGCGUCCCUUUGCUGCACCUAGAGUUCGCCAUCGGGCAGCGACUGCGCAAGGGCAGCGUGGGCAUCUGGAGCUCCAUCCACCCAGCCCUGAAAGGUGUAGGGAUUGCAUCCAUGCUUGUGUCCUUCAUGGUGGGCCUCUACUACAACACCAUCAUCGCCUGGGUCAUGUGGUACUUCUUCAACUCCUUCCAGGAGCCCCUGCCUUGGAGCUCGUGCCCACUCAACGACAAUCGGACAGACUAUGUGGAGGAGUGCACCCGCAGCUCAGCUGUGGACUACUACUGGUACCGGGAGACGCUCAACAUCUCUACCUCCAUCAGUGACUCUGGCUCUGUGCAGUGGUGGAUCCUGCUCUGCCUGACCUGUGCCUGGAGUGUCCUCUACGUGUGCACCAUCCGUGGCAUCGAGACCACCGGCAAGGCUGUGUACAUCACCUCGACGCUGCCCUAUGUCGUCCUGACCAUCUUCCUCAUUCGGGGCCUUACACUGAAGGGAGCCACCAAUGGUAUUGUCUUCCUCUUCACGCCCAAUAUCACGGAGUUGGCCAACCCGGUGACUUGGCUGGAUGCAGGGGCCCAGGUCUUCUACUCCUUCUCUUUGGCCUUCGGGGGCCUCAUGUCCUUCUCCAGCUACAACUCUGUCCACAACAACUGUGAGAUGGACUCAGUGAUCGUGUCCAUCAUCAACGGCUUCACAUCUGUGUACGCAGCCACCGUGGUCUACUCCAUCAUUGGCUUCCGCGCCACAGAGCGUUUUGACGACUGCUUCAGCGAUAACAUCCUGACGCUCAUCAACGGGUUCGACCUGCCCGAAGGCAAUGUCACCCAGGAGAACUUCGAGGAAAUGCAGCGGUGGUGCAAUGCCACUGACCCAGUGGCCUUUGCCCAGCUGAAGUUCCAGACCUGCGACAUGAACUCUUUCCUGUCAGAGGGUGUGGAGGGCACGGGGCUGGCGUUCAUUGUCUUCACAGAAGCCAUCACCAAGAUGCCGGUGUCCCCACUGUGGUCUGUGCUCUUCUUCAUCAUGCUCUUCUGCCUGGGCCUGUCCUCCAUGUUUGGGAACGUGGAAGGUGUGAUGGUGCCCUUGCAGGACCUCAGAGUCAUCCCUGAAAAGUGGCCCAAGGAGGUGCUUACAGGCCUCAUCUGCUUGGGGUCGUAUUUGAUUGCGAUCAUCUUCACACUGAACUCCGGCCAGUACUGGCUCUCCCUGAUGGAUAGCUACGCCGGCUCCAUCCCCCUGCUCAUCAUCGCCUUCUGCGAGAUGUUCUCUGUGGUCUACGUGUACGGCGUGGACAGGUUUAACAAGGACAUUGAAUUUAUGAUCGGCCACAAGCCCAACAUCUUCUGGCAAAUCACAUGGAGAGUGGUCAGCCCACUGCUCAUGCUGACCAUCUUCUUGUUCUUCUUCGUGGUCAAGGUCAAUGAGGAGCUGAUGUACACCGUCUGGAACCCUUCCUAUGAGGAAUUCCCCAAGUCCCAGCAGGUCUCAUACCCAGACUGGGUGUAUGCUGUGGUGCUCCUCAUUGCUGGUGUGCCCAGCCUUACUAUCCCCUGCUUUGCCAUCUACAAGCUCAUCAGGAACUACUGCCAGAGGGGAGAAAACCAGCAGCUGAUCAGCACCCAGUCCACAGCCUCUAUGAAUGGAGACCUGAAGUCCUGAACACCAUGUCCAUGGCUGCACAUGUGCACGUUCAUACACAUGUGUGAGCAUGUGAGUGUGCACAUGGGUGAGAGAGUGUGUACACACACAGGUGUGCACAUGUGUAUGCACAUAUACAUGUGUAUGCGUAUAAGUUAUAUGUGCACACAUGAGCAUGCAUACGGGUGCCUUUAUGCGCUGGUCUAUAUAAUUUGCACGCACAUACAUGUUAGCACACAUGCAUACACAUAUGUGCACACAGGCAUUUGUGUGCGCGCACAUGGUUGUAUGGGAUGUGGGUGGGCGUGCACAAGAAUUUGUGUGCUUAUACCCAUGUGAGUUUAUGCACACACGUGUGCACAAGAACGUGCAAGCUGUGUAUUUAUAAACGUGCAUAUGUGACAUGUGAUGCACUGCAUACACAUGUAUAUGCAUGCACACACAUGUUCAUGUCUAAGUGUGGGUGUGUAUUUGUCUGUAAUUUAUAUAGACAUGUGCAUGCAGCUAUGUGUAUACAUGUGCAGACAUGUUCCCAUACAGCCAGGUGGGGCCUGGCUGCCCUAUUGGUUCCCUGUGUCACAGAUGUGGUGGGGCCUAUAUUCACGUGCUGCCCCGCCUUCCAAAGGAAAGUCAAAAGUGACAGCAGGGAGGCCAUACCUGCUGUGCUCAUCCUGUAGGAGGCAACAACUCUCCUUAGAACGGUCUUUCUGCCCCCCAUUUCCCUUGCUGUUGACCCCUUGACCUUGGAGUUCUUGCAGUAAUGUAAUUUUACCCCAUGAUGAAGAGCUCUAUUUGGAAGAGGCCAUGGGCACUUAGGCCGGGGAGACCUGCCUGUCUACCAGCCAGCAAAGAGUUCCUGAGUCUUGGCAGUGUUCCAGCUUAAUGAAUGCUAACCCAUUUAAUCAUUGCUCUGGCUGCUACAAAUAGAUGACAGUUAAAUAAAACUCAUCUUGGCAUAAUUUAAGGCAGAAACACCCUUUGAGUGUGUGUGUUUUUAAGAGAACAUUAACCAUGUGAAUUUUUAGCCUGGUGUUGGAAAGGAUGGGUUGUAGGGUAACUCGGCCUUGGUCACUGACAUUGAGGACAGUCCAUAGGUCUUGAGCAAUGUCGGGACCGUGAAGACCCCGCAAGACUAUCCCCUUGGUGCCAUUCAGUGAAGAUUGGUGUUAUCUCUUCCCCCAUCAGGGAAAGGCCUAUUUCCUAGGAUGCAACAUCCAACCUCAGCCAAAGUUACUUGGCACUUGGGGUAUUUAUUUCAAUGAACUGGCCACUUCUACUUUCCAUGGAAACAUCUGGAAGUUUAAGUUAAGCUGGACUUUCUGAGAAUUCUCUAGGCAGGAGUGGGAGAGCUGAGUGGAGGGUAGGUCCCAGCACCACGUUCAGUCUGUCCACUUGGAGACACCCCAAAGCACCCUCCCCUCCCUUCCCAGCGCCUCCUGUCCAAUAGGGACCACACAUUUCAGCCCUGAAGCCUAGCUGAGAACCUCCAAACACAUCCAAGUGCCUGGAGUCCUCUUACAUGGCCAGUCACCUGAAUGUCGUGAUCUACAGAAACCUCUGGAGGUAAAGUGGGAAAUCAGCCCACACCCUCCACCCGAGGCCAUGACGCCAUGUCCCUGCCCAGGAAGCCCACAGACCUCACACCAUUCUGGUCUCCACUCCCAGGUGCCAAUGACUUCCAUGGGACCUCACCUCCUUCUAUCCACAGAGCCUUCUGACCCUUGAUUGGGAAAAUGCUCAUCAGUAUCCUGUGGAUGCGCUGCCUCACCCAGAAGUAUAGGACAGGAGAGAUGGGGUGGGGCUGAUCCCAUCGGUCCCUGUCACGUGAGGAGUGCCUCAUUUUGCAGACUUACUACCUUUGUAAAUUUUUAGACAUGCAGUUUUUAUGAGCAGAAAGCGUACCUGUCUAAAUAAA